UCAGGAAUCAUGUAUAACCCAUCCAUGUUCCAGUAUGUCCCAGAUACGUCUCCCUUCAUGGGACAGCAGAUGACACCUCUUCAAUCUGCUCACUCCAUAUCUUCUCAACACUCCGUCCCAGUCGUGUCUCAGACAUCUGGAGCUACUGAGGGAGAAGACGUCAGAUCCCUGAUCACACAUGGAUCAGGUCACACGCAACAAGGAUCUCCAAAUUAUGACAACAUUCUUCCGUCUCCUACCUCAUCGGUAUCCUCGAACGGAGAAGGGGACGGUUUCUCGGGAACAUCCACCCUCUCACAACAAGACAGACGAUUUUCCAACAAGAAGCCUCCCUAUUCCUAUGUGGCUCUCAUCACCAUGGCCGUCGAGAGUUCCACAACAGGCAUGAUGACUCUCAACGACAUCUACAACUACAUCGUCAAAAGAUUCCCAUACUACCAAGACAACCAACGAAGAUGGCAAAACUCCAUCAGACACAACCUCUCCCUCAAUGACUGUUUCGUCAAGGUGCCCCGACCCCCGGGGAAACCAGGCAAGGGUAACCUGUGGGCUCUGCAUCCUUCUUGUGGGGACAUGUUUGGUAACGGCAGUUUCCUCCGUCGUUCUAAGCGUUUCAAGUCGGCACAAAAGCAACGUCGAGAAGAUCCUUCCUUCCAUCCUGCCAGUCCCUACGGACAGUUAUUGGGGUUGUAUGGGGGUCCAUCUCCUUACACAAGCUUCAACCCCUUGAGCCUCGGCUCCUUACCCCCGGGACUGACCCAGACACACCCCUACAGCACAAUAGGCAAACCGGACCCCUGUAUCUGGACCAUGGGAUCUCCUACAGGCUACUCUCCUCCUACAGCCGGCUACUACAACGCCAGCAGCAUCAACAGUUCUCUGACCGGUUCCCCUCUCUCCAGCUCACCACCGGGAAGCUCUCCAUUGGGCGGAACAUACACGCCACAAGUUCCCUCACCCAGUUUAAGUAUACCUGACCCUUCCUGCAACUACCUGUAUCCACACAUGCAACAGUCAAUGACAGAUUCUUCAAACGACAUUAGUCAGAGUUGGGGCACAAGGUCCACGAGAUCAUACCACGCUUAGUGUGGACACACCCCUGCUGGUGCGAUAACGAAGACUGAUGUAUACAAGUGCUAUAUAGGAAUAUAAGUUGAUUCAACAUUUGGCGCAUGACAGAAAAUUCGUGGCUUUGAAUAUGAUGGCAAUACU